GAGUUCUCAUUGGUUGGACACCGUUGGUGCGCCUGACGCUUGUGAGGUAAACUGGUAAGGCUGAGACACGUAAGGUCGCGAGGAUGGCGUUGUCUUGGUCCUUCUCUCUCCGGCACGUUCAACGUUUUGUUACGAGAACCUCCUGUCUACCAGCCUUAACACGGGCAUGGUACAGUGACAAAGGAGACAUGCACCCUGCCCCUCCUGAAAUCCAGGAACCCACAAUCCCUCCCUAUGAAGAGAAGGUUGGGGAGCCAGUGCAUCUCAAGCGUGCCAGGCUGCAGUACCAGUCCAGAAAACGUGGAAUGCUGGAGAAUGGGUUGAUCCUCAGCAGCUUUGCACAUCGCUUUCUUCCCUCCAUGACAGAGAAUCAGCUUGCUCUCUAUGAUCGCCUUAUUAAUCUGCCAUCCAAUGACUGGGAGAUAUACUACUGGGCCACAGGUGUACAACCAACCCCUCAGGAGUUUGACAACGAGGUGAUGACGAUGCUCAAGGAAUUUGUGAAGAACUCUGACAGAGAAAACAGAACAAUACAGCCCAAUCUUCACUAGAAUGAUUAAUACACUAUAUAGAUAUUGUACAGAGUUAGUUAUUACAGAUCAUGAUUGUAAAUAUUUGUAUAUAGAAGAUAUUUCUAUUUUCCUUUAACCAAUAAGCAAUCUUUCACAAUACUUAGCAUAUUCUAUUGUUCAUUAAACUUCCAAUAAAGAAUUGGCAACUAAUUGCUAUUGAAAAUGAGAAUCUGAGUCAUAAAUCAUCUGGCAAAAAAGUAAUUGCUAUUGAAAAAAUCCCUAAAUAUUCCUUAUACAGUUGAUAUUGACUAAUCCAUUCUCUAGACACCCCCUUUUUUUCUGAAAGAAAUAAAAUACAUUACAAGCAAACCUAA